UGAAAACUUAACCCACUCCCCCUAGUGAGAGGCGCUGAUUUGCCUUUCACAUAAUUUUCUGCAGAAGUUUUGUGAAGUGACCGACACCGCGCGACCUCAAGUUACGAAAAUCUGUCACACAUCCUCCGAGGACUAACUUUUCCGCAUCUGGAACGUGGAUAUUGGACGUUCAAUAAGGGGACAGGCUUAUAAAUCGAGCCCAUCAUCCUGGACGGGCUGAAAAGUUAGAAGCGAGCAAAAUGAACCGGAGCUUUAAUAAAUCGCAAUCUUUGCGUAGCUUGAACAUGAACGCCGUGGAAGUGAAAAGCAAGUAUGGAGCAGAGUUCCGCAGGUUUUCAGUGGAUCGAGUAAAACCCGGCAAAUUUGAGGAAUUCUACAAACUCAUCAUGACAAUCCACCGGAUUGCAAACAUGGAGGUGAUGAUCGGAUACGCCGAUGUUCACGGAGACCUCCUCCCCAUCAAUAACGAUGAGAACUUCUGCAAGGCCGUGUCCACCGCACACCCCCUGCUGCGACUCUUUAUCCAGAGACAAGAAGAGGUUGACUACAGCAACUUCGGCACCAGCACUCUGACUCGGAAAAAGAAGGCAGUGGUCACUCUUCGAAAUGACCUGAACCGCAAACGGCCCCACAUCCGCAUCGGCAUGCCUCAAGACUUCCGUCCUGUAUCGUCCAUUAUUGAUGUGGACAUUCUUCCUGAAUCUCACCGAAGAGUGCGACUCUACCGGCAUGGCUCGGACAAGCCCCUUGGAUUCUACAUCCGUGAUGGCACCAGUGUUCGCGUUACACCUCACGGUUUAGAAAAGGUCCCGGGUAUCUUCAUUUCCCGCCUGGUACCCGGAGGCCUGGCCGAGAGCACUGGCCUGCUGGCCGUCAACGAUGAGGUCCUGGAAGUCAAUGGUAUUGAGGUGACGGGAAAGACAUUGGACCAGGUGACCGAUAUGAUGAUCGCAAACAGCCACAACCUCAUCGUGACCGUGAAGCCGGUGAACCAACGCAACAAUGUGGUGCGCAGCAGUCGAAUCUCGGGCAGCUCGGGUCAGUCAUCCGACAGCAGCGGUUCGGUGGGAUACCCCGCCAUCACCGCUCCCAUCGGUGCCACCGCCAUCUCUCAUGGCUACAGCCCGGAAGAUCUGGAGAGUGACGAGGAGUCGGACAUCGUAAUUGAGAGCAACAUCAAGCGGCCGUCACGACGCUCCAAUGCCUCAGUGGCUUCAACUGCGUCCCGGUCCCAGACACAAACCACCGUAACCCCACCCAGCCCCCCUACGCGACCCCAAACGAGACCUCCAUCCACGGUGUCCACGGCCUCGUUCCACUCUCAACCGAGCUUUAAUGGCACAGUCCACAAUAGUUUGAGUUACAAGUUGCACAAGGACCUUACCCUACAAAACCACCCCUACCACAGCAGCAACGCCGUUAUGCGGGAAAGCAAUGGCAGCCUACACAAAAUCCUCAGUAGCCUGAGGACAGACCCCCGUCACAGCCUGGCUUUGCCCAGAGGAGGGGUUGAGGAGGAUGGCACAGUCAUCACUUUAUAAUACAGCCACAUUUAAUAUCCAGCCCACCCAAAGACAUCGGGACAUCAGACUCAACUUUGAACCUCACCCAACUUUAAGGGUUUUGUAAAAUGAAUAAUUUAACAGAGACAAUAUCUGGAAUUUUAGUCUUUUAAAUGUUUUUUCCUCUACCAUUUGUGCUCAUUUCUUUUGUAAAAAAAAUGUGUCCAAUUUAGUGGUAUGUCUCUUUUUCCAAGCAGAGACACUUUUAAAAGAAAAGAAAAAAAAUCAUGUCUAUCAGUGUUUCUCAGUUCUUGUUUAGAGGUUAAUUUUAAUCAUGUUAUCUAAAUGUGUCUUGGGACCAGAAAUUGGGUUUAGACCUGUGUGUGCGUACUGUUGUCUUCGGUUUACGGUUUGUACCUGAAAACAAACAUUUGUUCCUGGUAUAAUGAAAAAGCUGAUUAUAUUAUGCAAAUGCAAAAAUGAAUUUACUCUUAAUCAGCAAACCCCUUUUUUAUUUCUGCCUUGUCUAAUUAAGUUAAUAACUGAAUAGAAAUAAUGAUCAUUAUUAUUAAUUUUCAGUAAUGAAUGUCUGCUGUGUGCAUUUCUUACCUUUAUUUGCAGUAAUUCACAAUUUGGCGGAUUCCCUCAGAAUGUUUGUUUCCGAAUAUUUAAAUCUCACUUGUUUCAGCAUUACAAAAUUACCUUUUUUGGAAAUUAUGUCUUUAUUUAGACAAGAAUUACAUCUUAAAACAUCAUUUUUAUGAGACAUUUACUACUAUUAGUGUUGAUUUUGGACUUGUGGGAUUUAAUUUGACUUUGUUUGUGGUCUAUUUGACUGCAUGGUCAUCACAUAUAGGUAUUUCACACUUGUAUGUCCUCUUGAAGCCCUGUUGACUUCAGGAGUCCAGUGGAAUGUAAGUUGGUUCCUUCUGUUUUAUUCUGUACACAUAUUUGCGGUCACCUCACUGUUAAUGAACCCUCACCUUUGACCUCCACUCAAAUCGCCACAGCUGAACAGACUGCUGUCUCAUACUAGUCAUAUCCUAAAUGGCUUUAGUGCUAAUGCUGCCACUGAGCAUAUGGUCCAAUCAAACUUCAGGUAUAAAAUUAAGUCUUAUAUCAUUCUUUUUUAUUUUGGGAACACACCAGUUCAUUCUUAAUGUUGUUUUAUAGAGAGAGAGAGUCUGUGGAUUACAUUUGUAUAUAAUUUAAAACCACGGUGGUGUUGAUGUACCUUCCUUUUGCUUUUAUUUUGUUGACUGCAUUGUAUAUGUCUUCUUGAACAAAGACUUACCUUCAUAUCCACCAUUUCUGUGCCUUACUGCCUCUCCUACAGACAUAGUUCACUCAAACAGACUUAAGUAUUUGGAUCUGACCACUGGAAAUAUUUUCAUUUUGGUAAACGCAAGGGCAUGGAAUGAAAUGUGGGAGUCAAAAUACAUUUGUUCUGUGUCGCCAUCCGUUGGUCACUGCCUGAACUGCGUCUCUUGCUAAGGAUCACUUUGUAUUUAAUUAUUUGCCAUUCGUAUCAUUGUUCUUGUCUUGGAUCAUCUGUAUCAUCAACACUGAAUAAACUGACCAGAAAUUACAAAUCAGGACAAGCUAAAAAAGAGAUUAAUUUAAAAACAGUUUCAGUGUGUGAGGCAGUCAAACCACACUUAAUAUGGUAGUUACGAUACAAAAUACAUGUAAAUAAUGUCUAUAUGGUUUUUACAGAUGUCAGUGUUUUUUUUAACAAAAUAAAAUUAUGAGAUGGACAAAACACA